AUGGCAGAGCUGCAUUCCGCCCUCUCGACCCUCGGUCCAACAGACUUCUCUUCCGUCCCGCAAGACACUGAUGCGUUGACAGCGUAUUUUCAGUCUGCUUUCCAAUCUGCCCAGAUUAUUCUCGAUUCUGUCCCACUCCCUGCCCCUUCAGAAACCCCAAUUGGCCGUCCACGCUCAUCGACAACCACUUCCGAAGCCUCCAACUCCUCCGAGCUUUCUCCAUCAUCCGCUCGUUCUGAUCCUCUAGAUCCGAAGAAUGUACCACUACAGAAGGAAUGGGGCAAACCUCUCAAACUCAGUGCCAAAGAAAAUCCGAUGGGUAUGUCCGUUUACAAAGUGGGGGGCAAAGAUGGAAGAGGAGCUUGGUUUGCACGACGAAGCGUCCACGAGGGCUUGAGCUUCAGAAAGUGGAAAUUGGGGCUACAACGAGAGUUUCCUGAAACAUUAGAGGUGCAAGGAGGGCCAGGGGAAGGAAACAUCAGAGGUAUUGGAGGUGAAAGGCGUGUAGAAAGUAAAAAGGUGGAUCGCGUAGGUACCGCAGAAGUCUACCAUUUGAGCGCGCAAUUCCCUGGGCCAUCUGCACCAAGAGACUUCGUCACCUUGCUCCUCACUUCGACUAACGCUGUCAGCCAAAAUGGCGAUUCGAAACCUCCCGCAUCUACCUCAGGAGUCUCUGGCAGCACACGUUCUAAUGACAUGUCUAACCAUUUCAUGAUGAUAUCGCGACCGUGCGUUCACCCCGACUGUCCACCACGAAAUGGGUUUGUGCGGGGUCAAUAUGAAUCAGUUGAAUUCAUUAGGCAGCUUCCAAGGAAACCACAGAGGUCAGCCUCAGCUUUGGAUCUUUCCGUUUCUCCUGAGAAAAACGAGUUAAAAGACGACACAAGCGGCGGGAUCCAAAACCAUAAUACAGGUGAUAUUGCACAAGACGCGAAAGAGGGUCGACAGAGAGGGAAAACGAUAUCUUUUGCGACAAACAUGAAAGACCGCAGCUUGGGUAAAGCAUCUGGAGACGCUGAAGAUGAGCUGGCUCCUGUUGAGUGGAUCAUGAUCACAAGAAGUGAUCCUGGAGGGAGCGUUCCACGCUUCUUAGUCGAACGUGGCACUCCAGGCGGCAUUGUCGCAGAUGCUGGCAAAUUCGUCGAUUGGGCUGCACAGAAAGAGCACCCCGAGGAGGUGCUUAAUGCAAUAGACGAGGGUGACAUAAAAAGGCCAGGUGGCGAAAAAGACGACGGGCUAGAAGCUCCUCAGACUAAUGGCCAUUUAGCCGGUCUAAAUGACAUUGAAGAAACCACAGAGGAGGCUGAUACAAACCAACUAAAGCCUAGCAAGAUAGAAAAAGAGCCAGAGGUCGUGCAAGAAACUGCGUCAGGAGGCCUCAUAGCAGGCGUCUCGAAUGUUGCACUUGCAAGCCUGGAGACCUAUGCUCCACAGAGUAUCGUAGAUCGCUUGCCUGGCCAUCAAUCGAGUCAAGAAACUGCUAACGUUUCGACACCUCAUGAAGAGCCAUGUACUACCAAAAGUGCUCCUCGAACGCCAUCCAUUAGUUCUGUUUCGAGUGGGCUGUCGUUCGCAAGCGCCGAAGAACGUUGGGAUGACGUAGCAUCAACGGCAUCGACUCCGUCUCAGAGUACAGGCCUGAAUCCCAAAGCGACGAUGUCUCCCCACGAAAAGGAGCUUGCGAAAUUUAACGAGAGGAAACGGCUCUUGAACGAAAGACUUGCCAAGACAAAAGGGAAGGAGGCGAAAGACAAGGAAGAAUUAACGUCCAGGGAAGAAGAGCGGAUAAAGAAAGCCGAGGAGAAGCACGCCAAAGAAGUCGCAAAGCAGGAGCAGAAAUACAAGAGCACUGUGGCUAAACUAGAUGCCAAGAAGCGCAAAGUUGAAGAAAAAGACGAAAGGGUGCGGUUGAAUCGAGAAAAGGAGGGUCUGAUACAGCAGCUUGACGACGUGACUAAGGAGCGUGACAUUCUGAAAGAGCAAGUGGGAGCGCUUCAAAAAGAGAACACUGCGCUUGUGGUCCGACUGGGCAAGAUGGAGGAUGGUAAAGAAGUGCUGCAAGAACUCAGGGCGGAGGCAAUGGAAGGCAAUCGAUCAAGGAGUAGCAGUCUAAGAAGGCUGGCAGGAGCAUCAGAUAAGGCUCUCGCGGCCAGAGAUGCUACUGUGCUGGCCAAAGAUUCGCCCUUGAAGGGGGGCGUCGAGCCGUGA